ACCUAAUGCUUAUUUAUUAUUUAAUCGUGACAUGAGACGUCAUAACGUAAAUCGAGGAUUAAGUUCAGGUGAAAUAAGUAAAUCCAUUAGUCAACGUUGGAAAGAACUACCACCGGAACAAAAGGACCAUUAUUUUAAAGAAGAAUCAAAAUUAAAAGAAAAACAUAAUAAUGCCAACAUUAUUUAUACAAGACCAUCAAAGCCUUCACAUCAUCAUCAUCAUCAGUAUGUACGUGACCCAAGAGGACGAAAGAAGAAUAAUGGCUUAUUACCAAAGCAUCCCAUACCUACUUUAAAAAGGGAGUCCCCAGAGGCUAGACUUGUAGAGAUUAGUCGAGAAAUUGGUGUGCGGUGGCGGUCAUUAACAGAUCAGGAACGACAGCCUUGGAUCGAGUUGGCAAAUCAAGAUAAAGAGCGAUAUGCAAGAGAGAUGAAAACACAUCUUGGUCAAUCUUUAUUUAUGAAUGAUUUAAAUUUAACGACAAAGAAAGGAGGAAUAUAUGAGUUGGAUGAAUUGGAUAGUGAAGUUAUUGCCACUGUUUCACAAAUGGUAAAUCCUUCUUCUCAUCACAUAUAAAAAAUCUUAUUUAUUAAGGAAUAUGUACGCAAUUAUAAUAUUUAUAACAAUAAUAACAAUAAUAAUAAUAAUAAAAAAAAGGGGGGGAGGAGGGAUAGGGAGGAAGGGAAAAUAUCCUUUUUUUUUUUUUUUUUUAUAAUAAAGAAAA